GGGGGCGGAGCCCGUCGAGACGUCAUCCGGCCGAGGGGCGGGGCCGGCGGAGCGUCGGCCGCCCCCAUUGGUCGAUGUAGCCGAGCGCAGACGGCCAACAGAUGGGGUACAGUAACCACCACCGGUUACGGUUACCGUAUCACUUGACAGUUACUGUCAGUAAGUGAAACAUCCCCGCUGGCGUUGGAUCGGCGAUCAUACGACAUAGCAAAUUGCACAGACACACACACACACACAAACGCACGCGGUAUUUAUUUAUCAGUUGUAUUAUCCACCGUUGAAAUGUUGGUUUAGUCGUUUCGUUAGUAACUGCAUUAGAAAAAGUUAUAAUAAUGAGUAUACCGGGCAGCGGAGUGGACAUGUCGACGCUGAUGUCGCAGCACCCCGUCCUGGGGGCGAUCCCGCCGGCGUUCUUCCUGCGGGCUUCGGAGCGGUACCAGCGGACGCCGAAAUGCGCGAGAUGCCGGAACCACGGCGUCGUGUCGGCGCUGAAGGGCCACAAGCGGUACUGCAGAUGGAGGGACUGCAAUUGCGCCAAGUGCACGCUGAUCGCCGAGCGGCAGCGGGUGAUGGCGGCCCAGGUGGCCCUGAGGAGGCAGCAGGCGCAGGAGGAGAACGAGGCCAGGGAGUUGGGCAUUCUGUUUCCGACGCCGCUGGGACAGAACGUGCAGAACGCCGACGGCGCCGUGCCCUCGACGCCCGUCGGUUCUUCCAAUGAGUUGGGUAUCGCUCCGGGUUUGCAACGGAGCACCUUCGCGUCGGCUUCGGAUUCUUCGGAAACUUCUAGUCCAACAUCGAAAAGGCCGCGAAUCAACGUCGACGACUGCCCGCUGGAGGAAUCCGACUCCGAUCAGGAGGACGCCAAGCGAACCCGCCAACCGUCACCGCCGCACCAGCCGCCCGCUCCCCUAGCGCCCACCCCGUCCCCGGACCCCGCCGCCAGCCCGGACCCCGACCUCGACGUGGAGGAGGACACGCAGAGCGAGGCGCCCGAGAACCUGUCCGUCAAGCGCGAGAAGCCGCCCAGCCCGGAAACGCCGCCCCACCAGCAGGCCUCCAACUUCCUGCCGUUCCACCAGCAGUUCGGCCAGUUUCCGCCGCAGUACCAGCACCCGUUCGCCCAGCGCAGCCCCGUCGACGUCCUCAUGAGGGUCUUCCCCGGCCGCAGGCGGUCCGACGUCGAAGCCAUAUUGCAGAGGUGUAAAGGGGACGUCCUGCAAGCCAUGGAGUUGAUGGUGAGCGGCGCGCACGAGGAGAUCUCGACGCCGUCGGCCUUUUCCCCGCUGGGCCCGCCGGCCAAUUUCCACAGGUACAGCCCGUCGAGGCGGUUCCUGUCGGCUCCGUACGCGGGCACGGGGUAUCUGUCGACGGUAAUCCGACCGCCGCCCGAUUACCUGUCGCUGGUGGGGCCGAUGCACGACGUGUACAAGAACGAGAACACCACGGCCUCAUCGCCCGGCUCCAAUACCGGCUCGGAUAAGACCAGUUAUUCGGAAUAGCCUCGAUUUUAUUAGCCCGACGAACGCACGUGAUUGUCAGGUUGGUGAUAGCGAUGGAGUAUUCGUUCGAUUUUUUCGUGAAUGUCGUAAUAAGACGGUGAAUUACGCGCGGGUAAAUGAUGAUAGGCGAAUGAUAUAAUUCGAAACCCAUUAAUUAUUUUCCCCGCAGAGUGGGCUAUAAAUCCCUUACAGUGGCAAAUAAGGGGGAAAUUGCUGGAGUUUAAUUCGCACAAUGAGCGUCCGCACACGCCACUGUGUUUACAAUAUAAUUUAUACGAUCUGGUAGCUACAGGCUAACAAUAGGGACCUAAUAACUGGCUUCAUGUAUUCAAUGCGCGGCCGGGGCAGGGUCGCUCCACCGAUGAAAAGCAAGGGAUGAGACUUGAUUCAUAUGUAUUUUAUAAUUAAAUUUUGAUGUGAUUGUUCGCCCGGAAACUCCCGACUAGCGAUUCCUAAACUCCCGCCGCGCCAAGCCACUUUUAAUUGUUCCCGGAUAUUUCGUUAGAUUUUAUUAAAUUUAUUCCUUGUCGAUUCGUUUUUCAUCGCGAAAUGUUUCAAUUGUUUGAAUUUAAUUUAAAAUGGAUACUUCAUUAGCUAGAACAACCGACUCUCACUUUUACUGUUAUGUACCUUUAAAAAAAUCAAUGCUUUAAUGUUUAAAAUAUAAGUUUAAAUUUAUUUAUAAAAAAAAACAAUAGUUUUAUUUCAUUGAGGUUUAAUUUAGAUCUUUCUGUAUAGAAAUAUUGAUUUGUGCGUAUACAUAAAAUUAUAUAAUUCCAAUUUGUAAAUAAUAUUGUAUUAUAAACGAUGUUGUGAAACGUAGAUUAGGAAAUGAUUAAUAGAACUAAUAUGUUAAUUGUGUAUUAUAUAUAUUUAAAAUUAGAUUUUAACAAUUAUUGUACGUAUCAUUUUUGAUGGAAUACAAAGUGUAAUGCAUAAAAUAAAUAAAUGUUAAUAAAACCCUGCAUUUGAUUUGUCCACAUCCAAUUAAAUCUUAAAAUACUACUGCUACAUUAAAGCCCCUCAAUACUAAGUUUCGGGUGUAAUGCUAUUAAUCUCCUUAAGCGAGCUGGUGGCGCUUUCAACAAGAACAGUAACGUUGA